AGUGAACGGCUCUCCUUUCAUGACCAACGAUGCGGGCUUCGCCUUGGCCUACGCUGUCAUCAUGCUGAACACUGACCAGCACAACCACAACGUCCGCAAGCAGAACAUCCCCAUGACCAUAGAGCAAUUUAGGAAAAAUCUGAAGGGAGUUAAUGGAAACAAAGACUUUGACCAGGACAUGUUGGAGGAUAUCUACAAUGCUAUCAAGAAUGAGGAGAUUGUGAUGCCUGAUGAGCAGUCGGGGUUAGUGAAGGAUAACUAUGUAUGGAGUGUGUUGCUACACCGAGGCGCCACACCUGAGGGUAUUUUCCUCCACCUCCCUGCUGGCAGCUACGACCAUGACUUGUUUACCAUGACCUGGGGUCCUACCAUCGCUGCCCUCUCCUACGUCUUCGACAAGAGCCUGGACGAGAACAUCAUCCAGAAGGCCAUCACUGGCUUCAGGUAUGCUACUUUACAGAGCCAGCAGCUAUGUGACGGGACAGGGAAAACUGUGUUCUGGCCGUUUAUCAAAAGCACAUUGUUCUAA